CUGCUUCAAGAGCACGGUUCUCUCAUUUUCCCAAUCCGUCGAUCCCAACCCACACAUCUUUAUGGAGGAUCAGGCGGUGGUUCUGUAUUCCGCGCCGGCCAUCGGCCACCUCACACCCAUGGUGGAGCUGGGCAAGCUCCUCCUCGCCAACCGCCCUUCUUUCUCCAUCCACGUCCUCCUCCCCAGCCAGGCCUACGACGGCGGCACCGUCUCCCCCUACAUCGCCGCCGUCUCCGCCGCCUACCGUUCCAUCACCUUCCACCACCUCCCCCCCACCUCCCUCCCUCCCGACUACUCCACCACCUCCCCGCACCUCGAGACCCUCGCCCUCGAGCUCCUCUGCCUCAACAGCCCCAACGUCCACCGUGCCCUCGUCUCCAUCUCCAAGACAAGCCGCGUCCGAGCCCUCGUCAUCGACUUCUUCUGCGCCAACGCCCUGCCGGUCGCGCGCGGCCUCGGCAUCCCCUGCUACUACUUCUUCAGCUCCGCGGCGGGCGGCUUGGCCAAAUUCCUUCGCUUGCCCGUCCUCCACAGGACCACCACCAAGAGCUUGAAAGACCUCGACACCGUCCUCCGCUUCCCCGGACUGCCGCCGUUGCUGCCCUCGGACAUCCCGGACCUGUUGCAGGACCGUAACGACCGAGCCUACGAGCUCUUGCUGGAGAGCGCGACGAACAUGCUGAUGGCGUCAGGGAUCAUAGGGAACACGUCGGAGAAGCUCGAGGAAGAAGCCGUGAAAGCCAUAAAGGACGGCAAGUGCGUGCCGGAUGGGCCCACCCCUCCGCUCUACUGCAUCGGACCGUUGGUGGCGAGCGGGGAUGGCGGAAAAGCCGGGAGCGGCGGCCCGGGCAACGACACGCCGGAGUGCUUGACAUGGUUGGACUCGCAGCCGAGAGAAAGCGUCGUGCUCUUGUGCUUCGGGAGCCUCGGGGCGUUCUCCGCCGAGCAGCUGAAGGAGAUAGCGACCGGGCUGGAGAGGAGCGGCCAGCGGUUCCUGUGGGUGAUCCGGAACCCGGCCACCGGCAAGGGCCACAAGGCAGUCUCCACAGGGGAGCCGGACCUGGACGCGCUGCUCCCCGAGGGCUUCCUGGAGCGGACCGCAGGGAGGGGCCUCGUCGUGAAGUCCUGGGCCCCGCAGGUGGCGGUGCUGAACCACGGCGCGGUGGGCUGGUUCGUGACGCACUGCGGGUGGAACUCGGUUCUCGAAGCCGUGUGCGCCGGGGUCCCGAUGAUCGCGUGGCCGCUCUAUGCGGAGCAGCGGCAGAACCGGGUGUUCAUGGUGGAGGCGAUGAGGGUCGCGCUGCCGAUGAAGGAGGAGGGGGACGGGUCGGUGAGUGCGGCGGAGGUGGAGCGGCGAGUCCGAGGGCUGAUGGGGUCGGAGGGCGAGGCCGUCCGGGAGCGAAUGCGGUACCUCAAGGAAGAAGUGAAAGCGGCGGUGAGUCCCGGCGGGUCGGCUCAGGCGGCGGUGGCGAAACUGGUCGAGUCGUGGGACAUCGUUUGAGCUUUUGGCCUUCUCCAACAAGUAGUCAAAGGCUAAAGCUGACACGGAACCAAGAACGUGUCCUUGGAGUGCGUGCCCUAGAGAAAAGACAAGAAGGAACAGUAAUGGUGGGGAUGUGAUAGUGUUCAUCUACACCGUUUUGAUGUGACUCUUAAGUAAAGUUUCAUGCGACAUGCUCUGUUUCGGAUUGGUAGGAUUCAGUUCGCGAAUGAAACAUUCUCCGGGUGUAUUAAGAACAUUUGACUGUAUUCUAUCACUAAAUCCGAUGUAUUAUUAAUAGGGACUGCAAUUACGAUAAUCUCCUCAUUAUUCUA